UCUGCGAUCUUCUCAAAUCUCGGUGCCACCGGAAGAUAUGGCCCAACAACGCUGGGCAGUCACUACACAGGUCAGGAUCAUGACAGACAAGUUACAUUGUCCAGCGGUAUUCAACAGUGGACUGUGCCUCACACUGGUGACUACAGAAUAGAAGCAAUAGGAGCAGCAGGAGGGUACGAUUCACACCCUAAUAGCCCUCAGUAUCGAGGAAGAGGAGCGAGAAUGAUCGGAACGUUCAGUAUGAUUAAAGAUGAGAUCAUUCGUAUCCUUGUGGGACAGGAAGGGGGCUCUGAAGAUCAUGACUGGAGUUCUGGCGGUGGUGGAGGUACAUUCGUUGUCAGACAAAACAACACGCCUUUGAUAAUAGCUGGAGGUGGAGGAGGUCUGCAUUACUUGACAAAACGGCAUCCAGGGUGUGACGCUAGUACAAACACAACGGGGAAUCCUGGAUACAGAUCAACAGGGUCAGGCGGAAUCGGUGGCCUUGGCGGGCAGAGUGGUAAUUCCAGCGACGCAGGCGGCAGCGGUGGAGGCUUUUUUUCCAACGGAACGGAUGAGAACGCAGAUGGUGGCAGAGGAUUUCUUCAGGGAGGAGUGGGGGGCAAAGGCAAUGCGUUAAAAGCCGACGGUGGAUUUGGGGGAGGAGGAGGAGCUUACGGAGGAGGGGGUGGUGGUGGGUAUUCUGGCGGAGGUGGCGGAGAGAUGAACAAAGAUUCAUGUGGAGGAGGGGGUGGCUCUUUCAACUCAGGAAAGUAUCAUAUACUAGGAGAAGAUAUCACUGCAGAAGAAAAUACAGUCAGCAUUCAAGAACGGGAAAUUACAAAGUUGGCAAAGAGGUUACUUGAUAGAGCCAACACAACAGUAAGCAAAGACCUGUUAACAAAGAAGGCAAGAUUAUGGCAGGCUCAGCUGGAGGUAAUAAGAGAUUUCCUCCUCUCAGGACCAGGGGUUUGGCAGCACUGGAAAGAUGGUGGUUUAGUAGAGUUCCAUGAUGGCCCUAGUGAAGCCAUACAUCUCCCAGAUGGUCCUCAUGUCUUUCAUUUCAGGUCAAGUUUAGUCAAAGCCAUUCAAACCAGCUUGGUGACUGCUUGGAAACAAUGUUCUGAGAAACCCAAAGAACUACCUCUCUAUCAGCUGAGAAAUGAGAGUGGGAACUAG